AUGAGCGAUCGCUUCACACCCAAGGUCCCUGUCCAGUUAGAUCCGCCCAAGGACGACCCAAUCUCUAAUGAAGAAUUGGCUAAGUGCGACGGCUCCGAUCCCAGCCGUCCAACGCUGGUCGCUAUCAAGGGCAUUGUCUUCGAUGUGACUCGGAACGCUGCCUAUGGAUCUAGUGGCCAAUAUCGCGGUAAGCCUCGAGAAAUCUGCAACCAAUCGGCGAUCCCAGGAACGCGGGGUCGUCAAUUCUGCGCAGGCAACGGAUCUGACUUGACGAUUCAUCUAGUUUUCGCAGGCAAGGACUCCUCUCGCGCUCUGGCGUGCUCGUCGCUGAAGCCUGAGGACUGCGUUCCGGAAUGGUCUGACUUGGAGGAUAAGGAGAAGACUGUGCUAGACGAGUGGUUCACCUUCUUCAGUAAGCGAUACAACAUUGUCGGCAAGGUCGAGGGUGCGACCAACACUUAG